AUGAGUCUGUUUCAUAAUGAAAGAAUUUGCCUGAAAGGAUCUUGGAGUGUUUUGUGUAUGUCCUCUUGAAGAACUGACAUGGAGGAAAUACCCCAAUUUCUUCAGUCUAAAAUGUUUUGGAAUGGUUCAACUAACUCCUCAGAGAGCGAAAAUGAAGCUCAGUCAGCCUUUUCACAGACUGAGCACAAUAUAGUCGCAGCUUACUUAAUAACAGCAGGGGUGAUAAGCCUUCUCAGUAACAUAAUUGUGUUAGGCAUCUUUGUUAAGUACAAGGAACUUCGGACAGCAACAAAUGCAAUUAUUAUUAACCUGGCUUUUACCGACAUCGGUGUUAGUGGCAUUGGUUACCCUAUGUCUGCUGCUUCAGAUCUACAUGGAAGCUGGAAAUUUGGGUACACCGGAUGCCAGAUCUAUGCUGCCUUAAAUAUCUUCUUUGGAAUGGCAAGUAUCGGGUUGCUUACAGUUGUUGCAAUUGAUCGUUACCUGACAAUCUGCAGGCCUGAUAUAGGAAGAAGAAUGAGUACCCGCAGCUAUACUUCCCUGAUCCUAGCUGCUUGGAUAAAUGCUGUCUUUUGGGCCUUGAUGCCUAUUGUAGGGUGGGCUAGCUAUGCCCCAGAUCCAACAGGAGCCACCUGCACAAUAAACUGGCGGAAAAACGAUGCGUCUUUUGUUUCUUAUACAAUGACCGUAAUUGCUGUUAAUUUUGUCGUGCCCUUAACAGUCAUGUUUUACUGUUACUACAAUGUUUCCCGCACAAUGAAGCAGUACACUACCAGUAACUGCCUGGAGAGCAUCAACAUAGACUGGUCUGAUCAAGUAGAUGUAACAAAGAUGUCUGUUGUGAUGAUUGUGAUGUUUUUGGUGGCUUGGUCUCCAUAUUCCAUUGUAUGCUUAUGGUCUUCCUUUGGAGACCCAAAGAAGAUUUCCCCUGCAAUGGCCAUCAUAGCACCUCUAUUUGCAAAAUCUUCCACAUUUUAUAACCCCUGUAUUUAUGUCAUUGCAAACAAAAAGUUCCGGAGAGCAAUCCUGGCAAUGGUUCGAUGUCAAACUCGGCAGGAGAUCACUAUUAAUAACGCCUUACCAAUGAGUGUUUCUCAAAGCAUGCUAACAUAAUGAGGCUGCUCGAAAGCACUGCCACUUUAUUUACCCUACAGUAUAUGUUUUGUACACUACAUGGAAAUAAGUGGUCAAACCUGGGCCACAAUUAAAUUUGUAUCACACUGUAAUAAUCCAGUCCAACAAGCCAGUUGUUUUUCUCAUUGUCUCAAUAAUAUUUAA